UCGCCGACUAAUACUCUAAAUUCCCAUCCGAUGUGUAAAUUUCAGAAAGAAAACGCAAAGAAGAGAAGUUGCAAAGGGUAACAGCAUACUUUGGGUAAAAUUUUAUAUUUUGUCCUAUCGAAUUGGUGAUCAAAGAAACAAGCAACAAGAUUUUGUGCAAUAAAAAAUCAAGAAAACAUGUCGGAGAAUCAUAGCCAAGAAUCAAGCAGUUUUCAUCAUAUAAGCGAUGAUGAGAUGGAGACACUAGCAUCUCAACUAGAAAAGAUGCCAAUGGAAGAUGAUACUGAUGAUGAUCUUGAACUCACAUUAGCUUAUAUCGAUGAUCUGGACCUAUGCUUGAUCUCACAUGAGCCAUCGAAGAAGAACACACUGAUCCAAGCCGUUGGCCGUGAGAAUUCGAUCAAGAUUCUCACCCAUUGCCCUCGAUUCAGCUAUGCUUCUGUUGCAUCAUUAAACAGGAGCUUUCAUGAUCUCAUCAGGAGUGGUGAGAUCUACAAAGCAAGAAGCAAGAAUAAAGUCGUAGAACAUUGGGUUUAUUUUUCUUGCCACAUGUUGAAAUGGGAGGCUUUUGAUCCAGUUGGCAAGAAAUGGAUGCAUCUGCCGAUGAUAAACAGCGGUGAUACAUGCUUCGCGUAUUCGGAUAAAGAGUCCAUGGGGGUUGGGACAGACCUUUUGGUUCUAGGCAAACAUGUUUCAGGUCAGGCUGUGUACAAAUACAGCCUGCUAUCAAACUCAUGGUCAGAGGGGCCAACAAUGAACAAACCAAGAUGCUUAUUUGGGUCUGCAAGCCUUGGAACAAUCGCGAUAUUCGCAGGAGGCGUUAAUGCAAACGGAAAGAUCGUGGACACAGUUGAGAGUUAUGACAGCGAGUCUGGAGUGUGGGAGGCGCUUCCCAGCCUGCUUAAGCCGAGAAAAAUGAGUUCGGGUGUGUUUAUGGACGAUAAGUUUUAUGUGAUCGGCGGGUGUGGCGGGGAGGAUAUGAAGCCAUUGUCAUGCGGAGAAGAAUAUGAUCCGGUGGCUAAGACGUGGAGAGUGAUUCCCGACAUGUGGACUGGUGGUGGUGGUGGUUCGAUGGCGCCACCGCUCCUCGCGGUGGUUGAUAAUGAGUUGUAUGCUGCUGAUUGUGAGGUGAUGGAAGUGAAGAAGUAUGAUAAGAAUGUUAAAGUGUGGGAGAGUAUAGGCAGGUUACCUGAAAGUGCAGAUAAUAUGUGUGGGUGGGGAAUUGCGUUUAGAGGGUGUGGGGAUCGGGUGAUUAUUGUUGGUGGUCGUUGGGCACAUGGGGACUAUGCUCAUGUUGAAAUACAUUCAUGGGCCCCGAAAGAAGGACCACCACAGUGGACCAGGAUUGGUCGGAAACAGUCUGACAACUUUGUUUACAAUUGUGCUAUCAUGGGUUGUUGAACUCGAGAUUUGACUCAUGAUCUCAAGUAGUUUUCUAUUUUAGCGGUUGAGGUCGAAAAUAAGAUGUGUGGCUGGUAGAGUGGGA